GAAUUAAUUAGUCACAAAUAUACUCAUGAAAAUCCAAGUCUAGCUAAAUUUUUAUUACUCGUCGCUCGGAAAGGGUUUUUUGAUUUCAUGAAAAAAUGGGAAUUUCAUCCUUUACCAGAAGUUCUUUUUGC